UCUGCAGUUGCCCCGGAGACGACGACGACGACGAGGAGAGGUGAUCUCGUGGAAGAAAAUAGGUCGGGAGCACUCGCGAGAUCUCAAACCGCCGGACUCGAAAGGUUCUUAGGAAGUUGACCGGCCCUGAAGAGGCCCCGGGACAAAUGGCUGGGGCUGGACCAACCAUGCUGCUACGAGAGGAGAAUGGCUGUUGCAGCCGGCGUCAAAGCAGCUCCAGCGCCGGGGACUCGGACGGGGAGCGCGAGGACUCGCCGGCCGCGCGGGCCCGGCAGCAGCUGGAGGCGCUGCUCAACAAGACGAUGCGUAUUCGCAUGACAGAUGGCCGGACCCUGGUCGGCUGCUUCCUCUGCACCGACCGCGACUGCAAUGUUAUCCUGGGCUCGGCGCAGGAGUUCCUCAAGCCGUCGGACUCCUUCUCUGCGGGGGAGCCCCGUGUACUGGGCCUCGCUAUGGUACCCGGCCACCACAUCGUUUCUAUUGAAGUGCAGCGGGAGAGCCUGGCGGGGCCUCCCUAUCUCUGACCGCGGCCACGCGUGCUCGGCAGACCAUUAAACCUGCAACGAAG